GUUUCAAGGCCCACGUCACCUUCGAGCAUUGCAUUGAGGAGAGAAAUUCUAUCCUCAUGGAGCUCUUCAACACAACAGAUAUUGACCACAUCGCUGCAGGAGAAAUGAUCACUGUGAACGGGACGAGAGUUGAGGGACCUAUGCCAGAGUUACCGAAGUGCGACCUGCAGGAGACGCUAAAGAAUUCAGCGUCAGGGACGGGUUUAGCCUUCAUCGUCUUCACUGAGGCCAUCAACCAGUUUCCCUGGGCGCCGCUCUGGUCAGUUCUCUUCUUCCUCAUGCUCUUUACCCUGGGCAUCGACUCAGAGUUUGGCACGCUAGAGGGUGUCAUCACCUCCGUCGUCGACCUCAAAGUCUUCCCCAACAUCAGGAAGGAGAUCCUCACAGCUAUUAUUUGCUGCAUCUGCUGCGCCAUCAGUAUGGUCUUUGCUCAUGGGGCUGGCAACUAUGUAUUCAUCCUCUUCGAUGACUUCUCCGGCAACAUUCCACUUCUCAUCGUCGCCUUCUUCGAGUGUGUAUCCGUCUCGUAUGUCUACGGCUUGAAGAGGUUUAGUGAUGAUAUAGAGCUGAUGAUUGGGAGCAGACCUAGCGGAUUCUUCCUUCUCUGCUGGAAGUACAUUUCCCCAGCGGUCAUGUUGACCAUCCUCGGCUCCUCCGUUAUCAAACAGGUGGUGAACGGGUCGAGCUACAUGGCUUGGGAUGCAAACGAGGGCGUAGUGACGUUCGAACAGUGGCCGCACUGGGCGUGGGGGCUGGUGGCUGUGUUGGUUCUCAUCUCAGCUCUCUGGAUACCCGGCAUCGCCCUCACCAGGCUUUGUGGAAUUCACAUCAUCCAAGACGAUGAGCCAGCUUGGUUCCCUGCAGAAGAAUUAAGGGAAUUUCACACCGUCGUUCCUCACAAGGUUACGUACGUGGAGCAAAAACUCUUCUGUAUUCACGAGGACGGCAGUGAGGGUUUGUGCUGUCCCAUCGGCGCCCCGCCCAAGGAAAAUGUCUAAGAGUACGAGAGGUUGUAGGGGUAUACAAUUCUUGCUCUUGGGAGAAAGAAAGUUAAUAAGUUGCCUGUGUGUAGACAGGUGUACUCCGAGAUCCAUUGACAGAAAGUGACUGACAGGAGUGUGUUUUUUUUAACAAGUUGAAGGAAGAAGAGCGAGGCGCGAAAGCACAAUCAUUGCUUCACCUGAUGGGAAAGUCAUUGUCACAGUACUAAGCCUCAUUUUCAUUGCCUAGUCAAAUAAAAAUUGAGAGAUAUAUUUGCAUAAUAUUAUGGCCAAGGCUUUGCUUUGUACUUUGUUUUAGCUUGAAAUAUCAAAUUUAUUGUUGUUGUUUUAUUAGUUGCUAAUAUAGUUAAGGCUGAAAUGGCUCCAAUAACAGAUAUAAUGAAAACUAUGCCACAUAUAUUUCCCCAUUCCCAGAUGUGCUGAAAGUUAUUAACUUCUCACUCUCAUUGACUAAAAGGUCCCGCUCCUGGGUUAAUGCUACUCUGUAGUGUGAACUUUGUCAAGCACUUGUAAACGAAUGUGUUACGAUUUGGAUUUGAGGACAAUAUUAUGAACAUAGAAAUGCAUUUAAUUUGCAAAUAAAACAGGUAUUUUAAGAUGUAUAGUACUGAUUAUUAAACUAAGCUAAUCUUCAUUGUCGCCAGCAGGAACUGUAUAGUACGGGUAGAGUUUUGCAAGUGUAUGGGGGAUAUUUACAUGAUGGGAGAAUUUCUUUAUAAAGUACUGAUGUGAUACUGCUGCUAGUCUACCUCUUUGUAGAAUUAUUCUUAGCUGGUAGGGAUGGGGGGUGGUUUGUUAAGUGAUGCACUCGUGAAUUGGAUAAACACAUAGACACACAGACACACAGACACACACACACACACAAACACACACACACACACACACACACACAC